GUCCUCGUUGACACCUCUGUACGUUCAACACAAGCGAUAUUUUGCGACUAAGUACAUUGGACAUUGAAAACGCGAUAUUUUUCAGGCUUCGUCUUCUUCCCCACUAUUAGUGGCGGCUUGCCCUUUCGCAGUUCCUUCUUCCCACCUCUCAAAUGCAGAUCCUGCUCUGCAUCUCUUAUGAGAUCUCUUCGCAUCGUGGCUAUUCUUUUUUUCCUGUGGCGACCAGAUCAUCCCAACGUUGCCUAUCGGCGCGAGCAUCAACUGCCAACUAUCCGUCCCUUGGUUCCCUUCUCUCUCUACUCCAUAGAUGCAAAGAGGUGGACCAACUCUACCAAAUCCACGCUCAAACAGUGGCCUCGGGACUCGUCCGCGACCCUUUUGUGGCCUCCAAAUUGGUCGAAUUCGCCGCCGCUUUUCAUCUUCUGGAGAGCUUGAACCACGCCUUCUUGAUCGCUGAUUGGAUUGGAAACGCACGUACUUUCACGUGGAACGUAGUUCUUAGGGGUUAUUUGAAGACGAGCACUCCACUCAAGGUGAUUUUGGUGUACGCCCAUAUGAGGAAGAGAGGAAUUCAGGUUGAUAGUUUCACGGCUCAGUUUUUGAUCCGGGCUUGUGUCGUCUCCUCGAGGUAUUGUGAAGGCAAGAUGGUCCAUUGCCAUGUUCUGAAAAUGGGGUUCAGUUCGGGCCUGAUCAUACAAACUGCUCUCCUAAAAUUGCACGGUUCUUUUGGUGAUGUACAGGUCGCGCGUCAGUUGUUUGAUAGAAUGUCUUACAGGGAUUCGGUGUCAUGGAAUGCUGUUAUUGCUGUGCAUGUUCAGAAGCGUCAACCUCUUGAGGCACUUUGGCUGUCUUGUGCUAUGAUUAGUGAAAAUUUUAGGGCGAAUGAGGUUGCUGUUGUUAGCAUCCUUUCCGCUUGUUCUAAUAUUGCGAACUUGAAAUUGGGAAAGAUGGUGCAUGGAUAUGUGGUGAAGAAUGUGGUCAAUGUGGACGUCUUCGUCUGUAACUCAUUGGUGGACAUGUACUGUAAAUGUGGCCAGUUAAGUACCGCUCACCAACUUUUUGAUCGAAUGUCUGAAAAAAAUGUGGUGUCAUGGACGGCUUUGAUCAAUGGCUAUACUGAAAAUGGUCUGUUUGAGUCAGCACUGAGGCUUUUCUGGGAAAUGGAGUCUCAAAAUAUUGAACCUGAUCAGGUUGCCGUCUUGGGUAUUCUUUGUACAUGUGCAAAGUCUGGCUAUUCCUUGCUUGCAGAAUUGAUAGAUGACUACGUCAGGAGAAAAGAGUUUGGGGAGAACACUGUGAUAGCUAAUGCACUAAUUGAUAUGCAUGCAAAAUGUGGAAGCUUGGGGAAAGCAUGUCAGAUUUUCAACAGAAUGAGAAAAAGGACAUUAGUUUCUUGGACGGCAAUGAUUAAGGGGCUAUCAAUACAUGGACAUGGAAGAGCUGCUCUUAUUCGAUUUAUUCAGAUGCAAAGGGAAGGGUUCAGACCUGAUGAUGUUGUUUUUCUGAGCGUCUUGCAUGGAUGUAGUCAUGCAGGAUUGGUAGAUGAGGGCCUUCAGUGUUUCAAUUCCAUGGUCAAGGAACAUGGAAUUGCACCAGGCAUGGACCAUUACGGAUGUAUGGUGGAUCUUCUGUGUCGAGCAGGGUUGGUGGCUAAGGCAUUUGAGUUUGUAGAGUCUAUGCCUAUCAAGCCUGAUUCUGUAGUGUGGAGGAGCUUGCUUGGAGCAUGUAAAUACCAUGGAAAUGAUGCUCUGGCAGGGCGAAUCAUGUCUGUUAUACUUGAGUUGGAACCAACUUACAGUGGAAACUAUGUACUGUUAUCAAACAUUUAUGCAUCAAAUUCUCAGUGGGAGAAUGUGUUGGAACUAAGGGAAGGUAUGGCUGUUAGAGGACCCAUCAAUGGUAAGCCGGGUUGCAGUGCGAUUGAGGUAUAAAACAUGUGG